UUUUGUACAACAGUGCAAGAACUGAAGUGGCAAGGGGCAGGCAACAUGGAGCUCCGGACGCAGUAUCUGCUACUGCUGUUCGUGUUCGGCGUGAUCGCCAAGGGUAUGGUGAAGUCCGCUUUCGGGUCAAACCUGUCCAUCCUGCUGCUCGUGUGCGUCGGCAUCUACUAUUGGCGUACUAAACAGAAGGAGAAGUGUGUGUACGACGAUAUCGCUCGCCAACAGGCAGAGGCAGCUGCCAAACUGGACGCGCUGCACGGCAUCGGAGACGGGAAGGUGACGGAGUUCAGUAUGGCCAUGCGCAGGACAUCCUUCAAGCUCAGCGAGUCCGACUCGAGUGUCAUCACGGACCGUAUCCGCCAGUACUCGAGCAAGCUGGGCGGAUCUAGGAAAGACCGCCAGAAGUUCCUUCGCAGGAACUCGAAGACAAAGACAGUCGAUACAAUUGACAUCAACGACCCUGCACAAGUAGCAGUCGCGAAGAAGCUGCCAGCGAUUGAGCCAUUAAAGCCGGAGACUAAGAAGAGUGGGAAGAACAAGAACAAGAAAGCAAUCGAAUCGAUCGUGGAGGAGGCUGUUGAUGCCACAAUGUAAAUUGCAAAUUGCAGUAAGCUUUAGUUUUCUAUUGAUGUGAAUCCCGUGGCCGACUUAGUUUGGCAAUGCGAACUGACUAUAGAAGUACAGACACGGCGCAACAAACAGGAAGCUGUCCAUCCGGUCGAGGCAACCGCCAUGGCCGGGGAAGAAAGCUCCGGAGUCCUUCACGCCAGCGACACGCUUCACGUACGACUCGACUAAGUCCCCCACGAUGCA